AUGUGUUAUCAGUUGGUUCCAGUUCAAACCUCAAUAACUAGCAGAGGCUCAUACUAUGCAGAGCUUCAACAAGGAGGUUUCCUUGUGAAUAUUGGUACAUCUCAAUCAAUGUUUAAAGUAAAUCCCAUCAAUUUUCCCUCCACUGUAAGCACUACAUAUAUAAAACUAGGUAGUGAUGGGCAUUUGAAGAUAUUCCAUCACAGUAAUGCCAAUGGGUGGAGGGAGAUUGUUGAUAUGAUUACCCACGAUUUAGGUAAAUGUCAACAUCCUUGCCACUGUGGUGAAUAUGGCUUAUGCAAAGAAGGCCAAUGUAAUUGUCCCAUAGGCAUGGAUUGGGUUCGAUAUUUUGAGCAGACACACAGCCAAAAUGGAAAACAUCAACACCAGACUCAGCUUCAAAUACCCUAUAUGGGUUGCUCUAGUAUUACUUCCUUGUCUUGCCCACCUCUUGUUGACCAAAAGCACCAUCUUAUUGAAGUUAGAAAUGUAUGCUACUUCAACCUGAUCGACGAAGAUGCUGCAUUUCCAAAUAUCAGUGACAUAGAGAGAUGCAAAGAGAUCUAUCUGCUAAAUUGUUCCUGUGGUGCAGUCUUUUUGAGGUGCAACAAUAAUGUUUCAAACGGGUGUUGUUAUAUCCCAUCCACAGUAUUGACAAUUAGAGAAGCGCAAAUCCCAAACCACAGUUUUGCAUCUGCAACAUUUGUCAAGGUCCAAAUUCCCUAUAAGGCAGCAAACAGACAAGUAAAGGCACCGUGCCUGAUACUUCUCAACAUGCUUCACUUUCAAGAAAUUGAAGAAAUUUAA